AUGCAAAUGGAAGAAUCAUGGCGUCGACGAGGAUAUGUCCCUGACUCCGAUUCGGACGAAGAGGAUGAGUUUGACUCACUGAAUGCGACGAGAAACGGCUCCGACAAAGACCCCGAGCUUGGUAGUCUCGAGUACAUCGAUCUUCCCUCCGAAGGGCCGACCAACCAACCGAAGGGAUCUGAAGGGCAGAUCGAUAAAGGCGAUGUUGCGCUUUCAGACCCGGCAAGCAAGACUCAGACACCUCGCAAGUCAAACUUCGAAGUCCGAAUCACCGUGAAAAGCGCCCACAAAGGCUCUGCGCAAAAGAGACAAUCCCUUGGAGAGACCCCAAAUGGCAGCCCACGUUCGACAACCACAACGCCUGGCAACGCAACACCGACCCGACAAAGAGGCAGGGCCAAUGGCGCCUGGUCUUCCGCCACAAGAAGAAAGACCCAUGAACGCACCGACCUUUCCAAUUCCAACACCAACACCCCAGCGCAGACAGGCAGUAUCUAUGAUAUUCCUUCGUCAUCGCCAGAAAAAGCAAGGCGUCAAUCGAAACCUUCAAGCAAGAUAUCCACGCCGAGAGCCUCAUAUCAAAAUGUACCUUCAGCUUCGAAGAGGACGAGUCGUCGAAGUACCGACCUUGCUACUGCCAGUGCUGAUGCCCAAGCGCAGGCAGGCAGCAUCUUUGAUAUCCCCUCCUCAUCGCCCGAGAAACAAACACCUCGGUCAAAAAUUUCCAGCAAGAACUCCACACCAAGAGCUCCAAACUCUCAGCAAAAGCCACAAGCGCAACAAAUAGCUGAGCCACAGACCCCAAAGACCAGGGGACGGAAUGAAGGUUCUCCAGGUACUCGGAGCCCCUCACCAGGAGUGGAAACAGGGAUUCCCCUCACAACUCGAGAGAACAGUUUUGCGAACAAUCCUAUCGAAGAAACGGAUGAGCCGUCGCUACCUCCGCCUCUACCUUUGCAGAGUAACUUGAGUGAUGACUCCCCACUAUCUUCUGCGCCGUCGUUUUCUGAAUCUCUGUUUUCAUAUGAAGUGGAAACGGCGGAGGCUGGGGAGAACAAUCGAAAGGAGCCAAAUUUACCCACAGAGGGAACAUCGGUUUCACGUGAAGCAACGCGGGAAGAUGCCAACCAAGACGACAUAUUAUCUGGUAUAGGUAUCCCCGAAGAAGCUCUACGUGAACUCCAACAAGGAACCCAAAGAACCUUUCGAAAACGUACGACAAUUCAAAUGCAGCCAUAUGCCUUUGACCUUGUGCAGUGGCAGGAGCACCAAAGGAGAAUGGGCUUGCCAAUUCAUCGACGAGUCGGCCGAAUUGCCGAUGAAGCCCAAGAGCAAGAAAAUUACGAUCCUGGUGUGCGUUCAUCAAGUCCCCCUGCAGAAGAGUACCUUCCACCGACCAGACCCGAUCGUGUUAGACCAGAGCGUGACCACGAUGAGCAUGAAGUAGCUCCGUGGCACGCCCGCAUUGUCAAGCGUCAAAAAACAUCUCACGCGACGCCCAAAGUGAGCCGAUCUCUACACAAAGGGGUCAAACCUCGUGGUAUAAGAGAUGGGCCAUCGGCUGCUGGAGAUCAGAAUGCUAAUUCAGUAUUCGAUUUGACGUCCAGUCCUCCACAUACAGGUCGCCUGUCUUCAGCCUCAAGAACACCACGUGCUUCCGAUGGGGAAUUUCGAUUUCCUCGCGGCUGGUCACCCCCACCGGGAAUGUCUCUACCAGAGGUUGCGAACGCCGAAGACGAUGUUGAUUCAACAGACCGAGCAGAUUCUGGCGAUGAGGGUGUCCAGUCCAUUUCUUCCGACAGCCAGCAAAGUGACGGAGAGCAUAAUGACGAGCUGGACUCAGAAGAUGAAGAGGCACGGGCAAUGCGGCGACUCCAACGGCAGAUCCGAGGAGUUCUCCCUGCGUCACACAUGCGGAUCGAGCAAAAAAGAGCCGCGGACAGACAGAAGAUCUUGCAGCGAGAGAAAGAACGACAAGAUGCACUCCAUCGACCGGAUGGAAAAGGUGUUGCACGCAAGCUUGUUCGGAAAGGUGGUCGCUCAACACAACCUGCGACACAGCUAUCCAGAAGCCUGUUUGACCUUGGUGACUCCGAUGAUGAUGAUGAGGAUAGCACCACUGAUACCAACAACACCCAUACCAACAACACUCCCUUCAAGAACAACGAUCAAAGGUCAUACGAAACUAACGCCCAAGGCUCUGUUGCAGCUGAUGGCGAUAUCCUCGAAGACAACCGAAUAGACUACAUGUUCGCGCCAGUCGCACGCAAGACCGCUGGGCCCCGUGGGCCACGCAAGGCAAAAAGCCUGAAACGGCCCAACCCCAAACCCAGUACAUCCGCUAGAGAGAGACAGCCUAAGAGACGUCGACAGACCCGGAUGACAGACGCUUCCUAUGGGUCACGGAGAACCAAGGAAAGCUCGACCAUUCGACGGCCAAGGAUAGGCAUCUUGGAUGCUCCAGACGUCGCCAGGAAGCCUCGAGCAGAACAACCGCCCUUUCUUAAGGUUGCUUUACGGAAAGCUCAGUCCCGUCGAGAUGGUGGCAGGAGGAGCCCGACCCAAAAAUUCUUCCAAUUGGCCUCUAGAGAGGAUACUGCGGAUGUGAAUGAAUCUCUGCGCGACUGGAAACGGGGAUCCAUUCCACAGCAGAAAGUCAGUCGCCGCCCACCCCAAACUCGCAAACAGCCCUCCAAAAUUUUAUCCAUGUUCCGUUCUCAGGCUCUGCGGCCUCCACAAGCUUCUCUGGCCCCGAGGCCGAAGCAGGCGCCUCGAGCGCCUCGGACUCAGCCGCGUACCAGGACGCCCCGUAUAUCAAACCAGGCUUCCCAGAGACCCGUCGAUCAUUUCAUGUCACAUACUCCUCGGGCGGGACCAGAAGAAGCCCCCGGAGAUUCAGUUGCCGCUCCAGUCCCUGCAACGGCUGUAACGGCCGCAUCUACGGCUUCCAACCCAGUUCCAACCCCAACACCUCGGGCUCGGCCCUCAGGUCGACAAUUUGAAAAGCGAGGUCAUGUGUGGAUUCUACAAAACAAUAGUGGCAUCGUGCCCCCAGCGAGGGCGCAGCCUCGACCUGCCGGGGCCAGCGCUGCGAGACCUAUAGGUGACUCGCUGUCGGUUCAACCAAGGUUAUCUCACUACUUGAAUACGGCACACGGCCAUGGAGGGCAGUCAGGUGGACCCAGCUUCACCCUGCGACGAUACCUUUCUGACGCCAACUCAAUGGCACCCGGAACUCAUGGCCCUUCGACCAACUCUAUUGGCGCAAACCCACCUCAGCCCAAAUCUCAAGCGACCAACCAAGUACCGCACCAACCUCGACGGCGUAUAAGGAAACAUCGUCCAACCCGCAUCGAGCCCCGGACCGAUAGAGAGUCCGCUCCAAUGAUCUCCGAUGACGCUGAAACUCCAGUAAUCACUCACGUUGGUAAACCGCGUCCUGCUUCAUCCACCACAAGUGGUCUUUUCAACUUCCCAAGUGUGUACCCGAUUGAGUUCGGUAUGACCACUCUGCUUGAAAACACCUACUUUCACGGGUCUACAUUCAUCGGAAGUGGUGAGUUCUCGCGUUCCUUGAACUUCUCAAGUCGGAACUUGGACGGGCAAGCCAGCCCUCUCUCGAUCAAUGUCCAAGAUAAGAUGUUCAAUUGGGGAAGCUGGAGUGAUGCAGUAUCUUCAGAGAUGGGCCACGUUUUCGACGUGAUCAUGGACCAUGUUGAGCGGGCCGCUACUACUUCCCCAGAAGCGGGAAUCGCACCUGAACUUGGUGUUGCGUCGCAUCUAUAUAGGCUCCUCAUCAAAUACGUCACGGAAAGUCUGGUGUUCAUUGAUCCGGUCGACCGUACUGGCUUUGUCACUCGGACAACAGUGCUCGUUUCUCAAGCCAGAGAUCCGCUGGCUGUUUUUCUGGGCAGCGAAGAAUAUAACAGGAAAGGACUGGUCAAGAUCGCAUGCUUCAACAUGGUUCUUUCAGAACAAAUACGUCAAGUGGCUUCCCAUCGGCUUGUCAGCCCUGUGCUUGCAACUGAAGCGUCAGACCUCGUCAAAUCAUCCGCCAAAGAUGUAGCCGUCCAGCUUGCAACCAAAAGCAGUUCCUCUGAGCUCAAGGCGCUGUCUGAAGAAAACAGCGAAACCGACCGCCGUGAGCUGGGGGCCCACGGUGAAUACCCAUCAGCCGAGGCUUAUGUUGUGGCCAAACAUCUCCUACGCAACUCGGAUCAUUAUCAAGGCUGCUUCGAAGAGAUCCAGCUUGAAGUUUGUGAAGGUAUUGUCUUGCAAAACGAAAGAGAUGUGGGUAACUUGGAGUCUGCAUGGCGAGGAAUUUUCACAGUCAUGCCUCUGAAUGAAGUGGAUCCACAGGGAAAAGCACACCCUGGUUUUCGCUUCACAGCUAUCAAUGACAAUUGGAAAGUCGCCAGGCGGCUUCUUGCUCCUGUUCUGGACCAUUUCGAGACCAAUUCCGCUGGAAAGCCCAUCAGCUUCCACAAGUAUUGCCAAGCUCUGUUCCACAGAUGCCAUGGCCUCAUCAAUACUUGGGGAUGGCGAGAAUGCAAACCCAUCCUGGAAUCCAUGUUCGACUUUUUUGCUAAGCACAACCUACGCAAUCUGAAACUGGAGGAAGAUCGCGGAUCACCGUCAUUUCUUGACGAACUUGACAAGAAUCCUUCGUUGGAUGUUCGACCCGGGGAACCAUGCUUCCAUACUUUCUUGAAGAUUGUAGCAAGUGGACUGCGAUUUUUGUCCAAAAGAUACAACAAAAAGAAGAUCCAAAACAUCACAUGGCGCCUCCUCCCGAACCAUGGACGUGUGUAUCCGAAAGACCAAGAAUUGCAGCUCGAAGAUCUUGCCGCUCUACGAAAUCACCACGAUCUUCUCAUUGCCUUAUACUGGGCCGUUCCUGAUGGCUCUCGUCCUCGAGUAGAAGCACUCCGCAACCUAGUCCACCCUGCCAUCUCGCACCGUGGAGCCUGCAGCAUCAGUAUACGCUCCUGGUCAAGACUUGUUCGGUUCAAGCUCUCAACCGAUGAGGAGAUCUCGGGGCUCGCUGUGUUUGGCGAGUGGUAUGGUUUCUUUGUGACAGAGCUUCAUCAGCAGCACUUCUAUGCCCGCAAAGAGAUUGAGUCACGGGAUAAGGGCGUGCAUCGAUUCUCUCUUCAAGAAAUUGAGGAACUAAUGUCGGAUAACCAAAGACACCUCGAGCAUCUAAUGAACAGUGCACUGAGUGCGCUGCAAGCUGCAGUUAAGCUCGCCCCGACAUUGGAGCAUGCGCAUCAAUUGGUCGCGAAGGUCCCUUAUAGAUCCUUGUUUUCGCUCUUCAACCCCAAGAAUCCGCGUGUCAACCAUGUUGUGGUGGAGGCUUUGCAAGGGCUGGUCUCAUAUACACAGAAGGACAUUUCCCCCUCAAAAACACAGACUUCUGCACCAGUGGGGGUCGAUGAGGACAGUCAGGAGUUCGGUGACUGGGAUGCUAUUGAGGCUGUUUAUGACCAACAAUCUCUUCCCAGUGAGGGAAUCACUCAUGCAGCCGAUGUUAUUCAUCCUGUUGUUUCUCGUCUCUUGUCGAACUGCUUUGGCGAGGAUCAUUGUCCUGAAGACACAAUACUUCUCAGUGUCCUAGAAUGUUGGACCUCGCUUGCUUCUGUUCUUGUGAGGCAUCGGCUCAGGGGCUGGGAUAGUUACCUGAGCCACCACGGAAAUGAUUCAUGGUUACAGCUUCGAAGGACCGUGCAGACACGAAAGUUCGAAGCUCUCUUCCUUGCGUCUUGCAUCGAAAAGGACGCGCAGGUUCUUCCGGACUGUUGGGUCGAAGUUAUGAGCUUGUGGAUGUCGUCGUUAGUCGAGCGCUCUUCCAUGCUCAAGUUUCAACAUCGUCUCACUGAGGCUAUUUUGAACCAAGCCAACAAUGAUCCCUUGUUUAGCAACCUUCCUUUCAUGAAAGACAACAACGCUGAUCGGUACACGAUCACCCUUGGGGAACUCAGUUCUCGACGGCUCUCCCUUCUCUCGAGUCUUUUGUCCAAUAUGCGCGAAACACUACAGGAAAAGGAGCUUUCUGCGAGUCGGGAUUUUUCUACGACAAAGCAAGACUACUCCGAAGUGGUACAGCGUAUGAUGACCGCCAUGAAGCAUAAUUAUCAAGAGCUAGGAGAUGGCACUGCACAAGCUGCCCAAGGUGCCUACGUUGGCUUUGUUCAUUGCGUGAUCGGCUUCCUCCAGCAGCAUGCCAGCGAGAUCAGGCCCAUUGAUCCCUUUUUCACUGACCCAGCUUCAUUCCCCUUGCCUGUUCAGGACCCACGCUAUAUCAUUGCCAAAUUGAAACGAUACGAGCCGAAGCUGGGUUUCAGCAAAGAGAUCAUGAUCUUGGUUGGGUUUAUGCAAAGCAUUUCCGAGCGCGCCGCCAUUGAUGUGCAACAAACCUACCUGGUUGACCAGCUUCAUGCCUCAAUGAAUGACACCUAUGAAUCGGGAAUUCCCAACAAGCCAACUCUACGUGCCGUUCUGCUGCAGUGCGUGUUCCCAGCGUACCUUGAAUCAGCAUUUGAAAGUCCCACAUCAUGGAUCCUCGCCCACCCUAUCAUUCAGACUGUCACGCUGGAGUUCAAGACAUUGCGUAAGAACAUGGACACCUUCGACUCAGCUUGUGUAUUGUCUGUCAUCAAUAUGAUCGACGCUGUGUGUCAGGCUUCCUGUCAAGCAUUGAAUUCUAUCUCGUCUCAUCGCGAUCGCUUGCAAAGCCCAGCAACAUUAUCCAUGAUCAGUGCCUUUGUUGAGAUGGUUUCCUCGGUCCUUUCAACAGUCGACUACAUUGAAGAAGUAACUGAUAAGGGUGAAGAGUUGCUGGUACACAUCAAGUGGAUGAACAGCUUCAUCAAAGCCGUGGCGGAAUGUGUCCAAAUGACAACCUUGGACACAGACAGGGCUGCAAACAUGGACGAUAUCAUGUUCCCUGAGCUGCCAUCCCUCUCAAAUAACAGAAAAACCGACCUGUUCAGCACAGCGCACCGCCUUGCCUCGAAUGAUUUACAGACCUACCUCAGAAAGUGGACGUAUCAUCAAGAAAAGUACUACUUCACACGACCUGGUCACCCGGCGCAAGAAGUCAAAAUCCAGCCUGAGAUUGCUACUGCGAUGACUGAUUAUAUCGAAGCUCAGCAGGCAUUUGAGGAUGCCGCGAAGAGCUUCACCUAUCGAGCAGAGAGCCUGGAGCUGCUUUGA